CCUGUUCUUCACUGCAGUCCAAGAUUUGACAGGUUCUUCUCCCAGUUCCAGUGGUGCUACCAGUCUAACUCUCCAUCAUGUGCGAAGAGGAGGUUGCUGCUCUCGUCGUUGACAAUGGUUCCGGCAUGUGCAAGGCCGGCUUUGCGGGCGAUGACGCGCCCAGGGCCGUCUUCCCCUCCAUCGUGGGCCGCCCCAGGUACCAGGGCGUCAUGGUCGGCAUGGGACAGAAGGACGCCUAUGUCGGUGACGAGGCGCAGAGCAAGAGAGGCAUCCUGACCACCAAGUAUCCCAUCGAGCACGGCAUCGUCACCAACUGGGACGACAUGGAGAAGAUCUGGCACCACACCUUCUACAACGAGCUGCGUGUGGCCCCCGAAGAGCACCCCGUGCUGCUGUCCGAGGCUCCCCUCAACCCCAAGGCCAACAGGGAGAAGAUGACCCAGAUCAUGUUCGAGACCUUCAACACCCCCGCCAUGUACGUGGCCAUCCAGGCUGUCCUGUCCCUCUACGCCUCCGGCCGCACCACCGGUAUCGUGCUGGACACCGGCGAUGGAGUCACCCACAACGUGCCCAUCUAUGAAGGCUACGCCCUGCCGCACGCCAUCCUCCGUCUGGACCUGGCCGGCCGCGACCUGACAGACUACCUGAUGAAGAUCCUGACCGAGCGCGGAUACUCCUUCGUCACAACGGCCGAGAGAGAAAUCGUCCGUGACGUGAAGGAGAAGCUGUGCUACAUCGCGCUGGACUUCGAGCAGGAGAUGGCCACCGCUGCCGCCACCUCCAGCCUGGAGAAGAGCUACGAGCUGCCGGACGGACAGGUCAUCACCGUCGGCAACGAGAGGUUCCGCUGCCCCGAGACCCUCUUCCAGCCUUCCUUCAUCGGCAUGGAGUCCGCCGGCAUCCACGAGGGCACCUACAACAGCAUCAUGAAGUGUGACAUCGACAUCCGCAAGGACCUGUACGCCAACAACGUGCUGUCCGGCGGCUCCAGCAUGUACCCCGGCCUGGCCGACCGUCUGCAGAAGGAAGUCACCGCCCUGGCACCCAGCACCAUGAAGAUCAAGAUCGUCGCUCCUCCCGAGAGGAAGUACUCCGUCUGGAUCGGCGGGUCCAUCCUGGCCUCCCUGUCCACCUUCCAGCAGAUGUGGAUCGCCAAGCAGGAGUACGACGAGUCCGGCCCCGCCAUUGUCCACCGCAAGUGCUUCUAAAUAUUUUGUUUGUCUUUUCCCUUUGUCAGAAUCUGUGCCAAAUCUGCGCUAUACUUGUUCGAACGCAACGCCACCCUUGCAGAGAGAUGGCUUGCCUUACGCUGCAAGUUACGGACUCACAGAGACAGUGAACUGUAUGUUGAUAGCUCGAUGCUACUAAUGUAAGAAAGUUGGUUAAUGACAGAAAGCAGGUUGAGCCUACAAGACGGAAAUGUAAUCUAGCUUGACGAUGUAUGGAUUCAGAGAUAGUUUGAAAGGGACACACAUAUAGUGGAAUGGAAUCUGUGAUGCAGUCUCUAAGAAUGUGAAGUACGUUUGUGACGAUCGAGAAAAGGGGGCGAUUCGGCCACAGGGAAAACAUGUACUUGAAGUUAUGUCUUGACUCUUGUAUGUUUGUUCUCUAUGUUCUCUAAACAGCUGAUUAUUAAAAUGUUUGUCGCUUA